AUGAAACAAUUAAAUGAUCUAAAACAAUCACUUAACAUAUUGGAAACACAAGUUCUAGAACUGAAAACUGUAAGAUUCGAAGAUUCUAAAAUAAUUCCCGAAAAACCCUUUGAAAAUAAAGAAGAAUUCAUAAAAUUUGAUAAAUCAUUAACAGAUGACAUCGAAAAAAUAAAAGCACUGAAACAAAAUUUUGCACGUUGUGAUCGAGAAGACGUUAGAAAUUUUGUUAAGAGGAAUCUAAGAAAACUAAUGAUCGAUAAUGUUGUACGUUAUUUUUCCUGGUCUGGAACUGAGGACAAAAUAAGCGUGAAAAAUUUUAAUUGCAUUUCUAUACUAAAAGAUGUGUGCUUAUCAACAAUUCAACAUGCUACAGAAGCGAAUAUUGAUUAUCAUAUAAAACGUUUUUUUCAAUAUGCAAAACAAAGAAUUCAACUGUCUGGAAAAAUAAAUCAUUUAUAGUUUUGGCGGAAAGCAUUAACUACGAUAAUUAUAUAAGAGAGUUUCCAUUAAAGAUCAAAUUCAAAUUUAUAAUUUAACAAUUUGGAAAUGACAAACUGUUUAAAUUA